AUGUCCGAUAUCACCCUUUACAGCUGGCCGACUCCAAACGGCGUUAAGGCUUCGAUUACCCUUGAAGAACUGAGCCUCACCUAUAAGACUGUUCCAAUCAAUAUCAGCACAAAUAUUCAGAAAGAGGAAUGGUUUUUGAAAAUUAAUCCCAAUGGCCGUAUUCCUGCAAUUACAGAUGGCUCACAGCGCGUCUUCGAGAGUGGAUCGAUUAUGCUCUACCUUGUUGACAAAUACGACACCGAUCGCAAGAUCAGUUACGCGCCGGGCACCCCCGAAUACAUUGAGCAGCUUUCUUGGCUGAUGUUCCAGAUGGGUGGUCUUGGACCUAUGCAGGGUCAAGCAAACCACUUCCGAGUGUACGCUGGGGUGCGCUCCGACUAUGGAAUCAAGCGAUACAUCGACGAGACAAAGCGUCUAUACUCUGUUCUCGAGUCUCGCCUACAGGAAAGCUCAUUCCUGGCGGGAGACAAGUAUACAAUUGCGGAUAUCGCAAACUACACAUGGGUCCGCAGUGCACCUGGUUCCUUGGACCUUGAUUUGGCGGAGUUUCCCGCUGUGAAGAAGUGGGUGGAUCAGAUUGAAAAACGAGGAGCAGUGCAGAAGGGUCUUACUAUUCCCGAUUCUGGGCGAACUGAGGCGGAAAGAAACGAAGGUUCUAAGGCCGCUCGAGCUCGCAUUGAUGCGAUGACAAAUUCUGAUAAGCAUUGA